CGCCGCUCUCCGCGCUCUCCGAGACCCCAGCGGCCGCCUUCUGCAGGGGAAGCGACCAUGGCCAUAGCUCGUGACUUGCCCCCCGGCCACUUCCCCUAGGAAGAAAUCCUUUAAAAAGUUGCAUUAAAAAAAAAAAAUCCUUGGGCUGACCUUUGGGGCCGUGGGGGCCGAAGAAGUGUGCGUGUGUGUGCAAGCAAGAAAACGAAAGGUGUGUGUGCAUGGGGGGCCGGCGGUGGGGGGACCCUCCGCUGCCACUUCUUCGCCCAGCGUUGUGCUGAGGUCCGGCCACCGCCCCCAGGACGCCGGGGCUGCGAUGAGCCCGUGCGGGCGGGCCAGGCGACACACGUCCAGAGGGGCCAUGGCCGUACUGGCGUGGAAGUUUCCGCGGACCCGGCUGCCCGUGGGAGCCAGUGCCCUCUGCGUCGUGGUCCUCUGUUGGCUCUACAUCUUCCCCGUCUACCGGCUGCCCAACGAGAAGGAGAUCGUGCAGGGGGUGCUGCAACAGGGCACGGCGUGGAGGAGGAACCAGACAGCGGCCCGAGUGUUCAGGAAACAAAUGGAAGACUGCUGCGACCCCGCCCAUCUCUUUGCUAUGACUAAAAUGAAUUCCCCCAUGGGGAAGAGCAUGUGGUAUGAUGGGGAGUUUUUAUACUCUUUCACCAUUGACAAUUCAACUUAUUCUCUCUUCCCCCAGGCAACCCCAUUCCAGCUGCCAUUGAAGAAAUGCGCGGUGGUGGGAAAUGGUGGGAUUCUGAAGAACAGUGGCUGUGGCCGUCACAUAGAUGAAGCGAGUUUUGUCAUGCGAUGCAAUCUUCCUCCCUUGUCAAGUGAAUACACUAAAGAUGUUGGAUCCAAAAGUCAUUUGGUGACAGCUAAUCCCAGCAUAAUUCGGCAAAGGUUUCAGAACCUGCUGUGGUCCAGAAAGACAUUUGUGGACAACAUGAAAAUCUAUAACCACAGUUACAUCUACAUGCCUGCCUUUUCUAUGAAGACAGGAACAGAGCCAUCCCUCCGGGUUUAUUACACACUGUCAGAUGUUGGUGCCAAUCAAACAGUGCUCUUCGCCAACCCCAACUUCCUGCGUAGCAUUGGAAAGUUCUGGAAAAGUAGGGGAAUCCAUGCCAAGCGCCUGUCCACAGGACUUUUUCUGGUGAGCGCAGCCCUGGGCCUCUGUGAGGAGGUGGCCAUCUAUGGCUUCUGGCCCUUCUCUGUGAAUAUGCACGAGCAGCCCAUCAGCCACCACUACUAUGACAAUGUCUUACCCUUUUCUGGCUUCCAUGCCAUGCCUGAGGAAUUUCUCCAGCUCUGGUAUCUUCAUAAAAUCGGUGCACUGAGAAUGCAGCUAGACCCCUGUGAGGACACAUCACUCCAGCCUACUUCCUAGGGACAAUGGACGAAGAAGGGACUGAGCAGGGUAUUUUUGUUAGUUUUUCUAUGUGACUCCAAAAAGGAAUGAUCAAGUUGUUUCAUGGAUUUGCAUGGGCCACUUGGAAAAACAAGAAGAAACAAAAAGCAAACAAAACUUUACUUUUAAUGUUGGCUUGGAGGACAAAUUAGAAACAAAACGUCCUAUGAAACAUUUCAUAGCACACCGUGGAUUUGCACCUAGUAAAAAGCUUUUGUGUGAUGUUGGUAAAGUACAUUUACGUGGUUCAAAUCUAGAAUAUGCAAUUCGAAAACAAGACAAAUGCUAGUUAUUGAGGCUGAGGAACUAGUCAAAGUAGAAUAAAGGAGAUGCUGGGGCAAAAGUGUUGCUGAUUUUUAACACAAACUGGCUUAGUAAUAAUAAGAAAAACUUGUCUUAUUAAGACUGGUAUUAGAACUGUAGGUUUUUAAAAAAUUAUUAUUUAUUUUUGCCCUAUUUAAGGGCAGCAGGUGGGUGGUGGGGUAGAUU